CUUCCACCCUGCAACACUUUUCUACCCACUCACAGAAGACCAUGAGCACCACGCACGCCGAAGGAUCCGUAAAGGUCGCCGUCAUCGGCGUCGGCCUCGUCGGUACCGAGUUUGUCAACCAGCUCCUAUCCUUCCCGUCGCCCAGCCCGUUCCGCCUCGUCGCGCUGCAAUCUUCCAAAAAGCUGCUCUCGAACCCAGAUGGCUUGCUUGAGCUUACCCUCAGCAAUUGGAAAGGAACCUUCGACCAGACGAAGGAGAUGGAGAAUCUGCCCAAGACGGCAGAGGAGAAGAGGGAUCAGCUCCAUCGGUGCAUCAAGGGGCUGUCCAAGCUCGUCAAGCUCGGCCAGCGUGUUGUGCUUGUGGACAACACGUCGGAUGAGAUUGUCGCAGGGUCGUACCCCGUUGCGCUGGGCUACGGUAUCGAUGUGAUUACACCGAACAAGAAGGCUUUCUCCGGCAGUGCGGCACUGUAUAGCGAUAUUCUUUGCGUUGCGAGCAAUGGCUCUGGGGCUGAGUUCUUGAACGAGUCGACUGUAGGAGCGGGUCUGCCUAUCAUCUCGACCUUGAAGGGUCUUGUCGGAACCGGAGACAAGAUACGCAAGAUCGAAGGGGUGUUCUCGGGGACGAUGAGCUACAUCUUCAACAAAUUCUCUACAGGAGAAGCUGGGGGAGACAACUUCUCUGAAGUCGUCUUCGAGGCAAAGAAGGCCGGUUACACGGAACCAGACCCUAGAGAAGACCUGAACGGUGCAGACGUCGCCCGCAAACUCACCAUCCUCUACCGCACCAUCAUCUCCCAUGCGGUCGACCCUCAGAGCCUCAAAGACUCGGAGCUCCUCGUUGAAGGAUUCAAGGAGGUAAACCCAUUCUCCCUGGUUCCCGAGGGGCUUGAGAGUGUGUCCCUACAAGACUUCAUGGAUGGCUUGCCCAAGUCCGACGCCAAAUUUUCCAAGACGCGAGAAGAUGCGGCGAAGGAUGGCAAGGUUCUGCGUUAUGUCGGUGUCGUGGACCUCACGGAUCCCAGCAAGCCCGUGAUCAAGGCAGGCCUCGAGCAGUAUCCCAAAAACCACGCAUUCGCAACCUCGCUUCAAGGCUCAGACAACAUCAUCAUGUUCCACACGGAGCGCUACGGCGGCAGACCGCUGAUCGUUCAAGGAGCUGGAGCUGGGGCCGCCGUAACUGCUAUGGGCGUUAUGAGCGAUCUGCUCAAGCUCGCAUAGUGAAGUGAAUCAGGUCUAUCAUAGAAUAGAGUGUAAUGUACGUUUACAAAAUGUAUCACAACCGAGGACCUGCCUCUACAGAUAUUAGUAGCAGAAUCAUGGAAACUGCAAAACG